GCGCAAUUCUACAAGACGUUUACCCGCCCCAUAGGCAAAGUCCUCGUCCUCGCCGUCUUCACCUAUCAGGUUGCUUAUUGGACCUGGGUGAAGCUCGAGGCCGAUGAGCAUCGCGCAGAAACAGAUGCGACGAUUGCGGCACUGGAGAAGACGGUUGAUGAGUAUAAACGGGCAAAGGAUGCGGCAGGCAAAUCUUCAUGA